AUGGCCACGACAGCAUUAGCGCGUGCGCACCAGCAACACGGCAGGAAGCAGCAGCAGUACCAGCUGCUAUGGCGCGUGGAGGGGCUGAGCCUAGGGUCUGCGCUCCGCAGCGACCCACACGCCCCCGCGCUAGCCGCGACAGCGCUCCUCAUCCCACUUGGCACCGUGUUGUUGGGCCUCUCCGGCCUCUUCCUGUUGGCCACGCUCGCCGGCAUUGCGCUCGCGGCGCCUCUCGUUCUUCCCUUCAGUCCGGUGCUCAUGCCGGCCGCGCUAGCCGUCGCGGGGCUCGGCGCCCCGGCCUUCUUCGCACAUAGAGUUGGGGACGACGUCAGGGAUGCUCUAGGCACCACCAAAGCGCGGAACGUCGCCAUCACCUAG